AUGGCCGCGCGCCCCGGGCCGCUGUGGCUCGUGGGCCUGGCGCUGUGCGCGCUGAGCGGCGGCGGCCCCGGCCCGCGCGCCCCGGCCGGCUGUCCGGCCCGCCGCCUGGGCCCGCGCGAGCGCCGCGACAUGCAGCGCGAGAUCCUGGCGGUGCUCGGGCUGCCCGGGCGGCCCCGGCCCCGCGCGCCGUCCGCCGCCGCCCGGCUGCCCGCGUCGGCGCCGCUCUUCAUGCUGGACCUGUACCACGCCAUGGCCCGCGACGACGACGAGGACGGCGGCCCCCCCGAGCGGCGCCCGGGCCGCGCCGACCUGGUCAUGAGCUUCGUCAACAUGGUGGAGCGUGACCGUACCCUGGGCCACCAGGAGCCCCACUGGAAGGAGUUCCGCUUUGACCUGACCCAGAUCCCAGAGGGGGAGAUGGUCACAGCCGCUGAGUUCCGGAUUUACAAGAUGGCCAGCACCCACCUGCUCAACGGGACCCUGCACGUCAGCAUGUUCGAGGUGGUCAGAGAGCAGUCCAACAGGGAGUCUGACUUGUUCUUUUUGGAUCUUCAGACGCUCCGAGCUGGGGACGAGGGCUGGCUGGUGUUGGACGUGACAGCAGCCAGUGACCGCUGGUUGUUGAGCCGGAACAAGGACCUGGGGCUCCGCCUCUAUGUGGAAACGGACGAUGGGCACAGCGUGGAUCCUGGCCUGGCUGGCCUGCUGGGGCGACGGGCGCCGGGCUCCAAACAGCCUUUCCUGGUCACUUUUUUCAGGGCGAGCCCUGGUCCCGUCCGAGCCCCUCGGGCAGCGAGGCCCCUGAAGAGGAGGCCGCCCAAGAAAACCAACGAGCUGCCACACCCGAACAAACUCCCGGGGAUCUUUGAUGACGUUCACGGCACCGACGGCCGGCAGGUUUGCCGGCGGCACGAGCUCUACGUCAGCUUCCAGGACCUCGGCUGGCUGGAUUGGGUCAUUGCUCCCCAAGGCUACUCGGCCUAUUACUGUGAGGGGGAGUGCUCCUUCCCGCUGGACUCGUGCAUGAACGCCACCAACCACGCCAUCCUGCAGUCCCUGGUGCACCUGAUGAAGCCGGAUGCGGUCCCCAAGGCGUGCUGCGCCCCCACGAAGCUGAGCGCCACCUCCGUGCUCUACUAUGACAGCAGCAACAAUGUCAUCCUGCGCAAGCACCGCAACAUGGUGGUCAGGGCCUGUGGCUGCCACUGAGGCCCGGCCCCGCUGCUGCAGAGCCUCCCGCCUGGAUCAGGCCCCUCUCCAGAUGCAGAAAA